CAGAGUCAGACAGGUUUCACAGGUGUGAAGCACCGCAACAAUAACACCAGAGAACUGAACGAAACUCAGACAAAUCACUGCUUAUUUCGUUCAUUUUUUUUUUGUAAAAGGAAAUGCCAGAAUCAAACCGGCAUCAUCACACAAGGGGCAAAGACUACUCUGGUCGAGACAGGAAUGAUGAAGGGGGACGCGAGCACAGACAGGACAGGAGACACCGAGAGGACAGAAGAAGACCUGAUGGAGACGACAGAUCACGAAGCCACAGAGACAAACAAAGAGAUGCUGACACACAGAGGGACCCCCGUGUGUACGAGGACACCCGGCAUCAUAGCCGGGGAGUGCCCAGUUACACUGAGACUUUACCUUCAUACUAUGAAGACAGUCAAUCAGAUCAUCAUACAGGGGCCCUUUACACCCUAAAAUACAUCACAACAAGCAGAGGCAUCUGCCAGGCCAUGGAAUUCUUCUUAAGUUUGUUGAUUAUCAUCUGUGCCGGAGUGAACCAUAGUAACUCGGGCCGAUAUCGGGAUAUCGCCAGCUUAGGCGGUCUGUACCAGUACUAUUAUGGAGGAUCCAACGCAUUCAUUGGAGCAGAGGCGCAGAAGGUCCAGCAGCUCGACGACCAGUUCUACCGACUCAAGCUGCCCCCUUACGUCUACAGCAUGGCAUUGGGUGGAGCGUUGAUGCUUUAUGCCGGUGCCAUGCUGGCCCUCGGUGUGUUCCGCAUGCCCUACCGUUUCCCGCCUCUGCUGCUGGCCGAAGCCCUGUCGGAUGCGCUCAUAGGUCUUGGUUUUAUUCCCGCUCUCGCUUUCUACUUCAUAAAGCUCCAGGAGAUCUACAACAACUCCAUCUGUAAAGAGAGGGAAGCCAUGUACAGCAGCAAAGGUCACAGAGGGUUCGAGUGCAAUCUCAAUGGGGCAGACAUUGCAGGAGGGCUGUUUGGUGUCCUGGGGAUUAUUAUUUUCCCCAUCAGCGCAGUGUUGGCCAUCAGAGCCUUCAGAAGUGUGCGGAAGAUGAAGAGCAGGCCGACUGAAGACAACAACCUCUGAGUGUUACGCCAUUUCAUGAAUGCGGGAAUCAUAGACGUCACACCCAUGUAAAUGCUUUGGUUAGUAUUUUUACAACAUCUGAAGGAUAUAUAUAUAUAUUUUUUUUUUUUCUCCAUAUAUGCUUUUUUUAACUUUCAAUUUUAUUAUAAAGGACUUUU